UCCGCGCCUGCGCAAUGAUUUGGCCGAGUUUGACGGUCGGGUUGGUGCUUGGAAAUAAACAGGACACAAAAGCUGGUUAUUUAUUUCAGACAGCUUACUAGAAAACAAUAAUAAAGAGAAGUGGAGCUCGACUACUGGAGGAUAUUUGUUUGAGGGACAGUCAUGGCGGGGGUGGGAGCGAAGAGGAAAAGGACAGGGCUCCCGGGUUUAUGUUGGAAAACCUGCUACUUUCACGUCGUGGUUUGGGUCGUGUCGGUGUGUGGAGAGGAGAGGAGCUUCGUGGUGGAGACAUGGUUGAAGAACUAUGGCUACUUACUUCCACAUGACAUCCGGACAUCAGACUUGCGUUCGGAGAAAGCCAUGCAAUCAGCAGUCGCUGCUAUGCAGCGUUUCUACGGCAUCCCAGUGACUGGAGUACUUGACCAAACAACCAUAGAAUGGAUGAAGAAACCUCGGUGUGGGGUUCCUGAUCACCCUCAACGGAGGAGAAAUAAACGCUAUGCUCUUACUGGUCAAAAAUGGAGGGACAAAAAAAUUACAUACAGCAUACACAACUUCACCCCUAAGGUUGGUGAGAAAGACACACAGAGAGCAAUCCGGCAGGCCUUUGAUGUGUGGCAGACUGCAACCCCUCUGACCUUUCAAGAAGUGGCCUACUCUGAGAUCAAGAAAGAGGGCAAAGAAGCCGACAUCAUGAUCUUCUUUGCUUCAGGGUUUCAUGGUGAUAGUUCACCAUUUGACGGAGAGGGAGGUUUUUUAGCUCAUGCCUACUUCCCUGGCCCUGGAAUCGGAGGGGACACACACUUCGACUCUGACGAGCCUUGGACGUUAGGCAAUGCCAACCAUGAUGGUAAUGACCUUUUCCUGGUGGCAGUGCACGAGUUGGGUCAUGCAUUAGGUCUAGAACAUUCCAAUGACCCGAGUGCAAUCAUGGCCCCUUUCUACCAAUACAUGGAGACACAAAACUUCAAACUGCCACUAGAUGACCUUCAAGGCAUCCAGAAAAUAUAUGGUGUCCCAACUGCAAUGUUGGAACCAACUCGCUCUCUCCCAACACUCCCACCACGGCGGACUUACUCUCCUUCUGAGAGGAAAAAUGAUCGUCAGUCCCGUCCUCCUCGCCCUCCUUCCGGUGACAGGCCCUCUACCGGCUAUGGAAAACCCAACAUUUGUGAUGGCAAUUUUAACACAGUGGCCUUUUUCCGAAGGGAGAUGUUCGUCUUUAAGGAUCGCUGGUUCUGGCGUUUGCGCAGUAACAAGGUUCAAGAGGGUUAUCCCAUGCUGAUUGAUCAGUUUUGGAAAGGUCUCCCACCCCGUAUUGAUGCUGCUUAUGAGAGAUCCGAUGGCAAAUUUGUGUUUUUUAAAGGAGACAAGUACUGGGUAUUUAAGGAAGUGACAGCAGAGCCAGGUUACCCGCACAGCCUAGUGGAGUUGGGCAACUGUUUGCCUCGUGAUGGUAUUGACACAGCAUUACGAUGGGAGCCUGUGGGCAAAACCUACUUUUUCAAGGGUGACCAAUACUGGCGCUACAAUGAGGAAAAGCAUGCAGCUGACCCGGGCUAUCCCAAGCCCAUCACCGUGUGGAAGGGCGUACCUGAAGCACCUCAAGGAGCCUUUGUCAGCCGUGAAGGAUUUCACACUUACUUUUACAAAGGAAAGGACUACUGGAAGUUUGACAACCAGAAGCUUACAGUGGAACCUGGCUACCCAAAGUCCAUUCUUAAGGAUUGGAUGGGUUGUGACCAAACAGAAAUGGAGAAGAACAAGGACAGACAUCUCCCGCAUGACGAUGUCGACAUCAUGGUUGCCAUAAAUGAUGUGCCAAGCAACGUUAAUGCUAUUGCUGUGGUAAUCCCAUGCAUUCUGUCUUUGUGCAUCUUGGUCCUUGUUUACACCAUCUUCCAGUUUAAGAACAAAAGUGUCCCUCAGCCUGUGACCUACUACAAACAACCAGUGCAGGAAUGGGUAUGACAGACUUGGGGACACUGCAAAGUUAAACACUAAAAUUGUUAGCGAGGGCUACCAUGACAAUGUUCAGAAGCACCUACAAAACCAGUGCCUGUUUACUGCAUUGUAAUGCGAGAGGUUAGGAUUGAAACGUUGUUGAGUCUAUGUCUUUCCAUCUGGAACUAAACUUUGACACUCAAAUCUAAAAGAUCUUUAAAAUAAAAAAAGAAACAGAGCCAAAAGCACUGGUUUGCUAGGCUUUAACUAAAUGGUGGAUUGCAGGGACAAGAGCUUAACCAUUGUACACUGCUACUGUAAAAUCCCCUUUCCUAUUCUCUUACAACCUGGGAGUCUGAGGACCACCACAGUGCAUUCCUACCAUCGUAUGUCGAGGAACACAAGAGGAACAAUGGUCAGCUGCCAGCAAAUAUAUGUCCUAUAUAAGUGCUCAACACUGGACCUGUACAGGAAUUUAAAGAAUUGUUGAAAGAAUAUGUCUGAAAAACAACUAAAUGUGGUUCUUUGUUAAGACUUGAAUAACACCAUAGGUAGAAAGGCUGUUGAAAAGAAUACAAAAGGUGGAUGUGUGUAUCUUAUAGUCUUUUAUCAUAUCUUGGACAUCUGACUUUUUAAAGCAUUACAAAAGCAUUAACAUUGUAUUAGUAUAUUUAUAGUGGGGUCCAAAAAUUAGAGACUACAUUUCUUUUCUUAUAUUUUAUUGUUUUUUGUUUUUUUUUAUUUAACAUUGUCAAAUGUCUAUUUUAGACUAUAAAUGUUAACACAUUAUGGUGAAUAUUUAAUAUUCACUGCUUCUAGGCCCUUAUUUAAAUGGGAACAAAUGUGUGACAGUUCAUUAAUUUGUGCAAAAGAUAACAUUUUCUUCAUGUGUAAGCUCUUCUACUAUAACAUGUUUAAAACUUUUUGGAUUUUACAUGGAGUAUAAGAUUUUGCACACAUUUGUGGAGUCCAUGCCAUUUCAAGUGCACACCAAUCAAAGCACAAAGGGGGCCUACUAACUACCAAGAAACUCUGAGACUCAUGCAAUUAUUAUAUACUUUUCAUUAAUGUUGUGGACAGUAAUAUAAUUUGUUUUGAGAGUUAUUGAUUUAAAUAAGAAAGUAAUGCUGAGUAAAAUCAGUAUAGUAGUCUUAAAUGUUUGGACCCCACUGUAAGUUCCAGGAGAGAGAGUUUUAUGUUGUAUCAUAAAGGAACAAGUACAGUAUUGCUUGAGGUUGAGAUUUUUUUUUGUGUGUGUGUAGUGAGGAGGCAUAACAAAAAAUCAAAAACAUUUCAUGAAAAAUUCAAGAAAACUCUUCUAUGCCUAUAAUUCCUUCCUGUUACAUAAAACUAUUAUGUUAGCUCUUUGACACAGAGUGUGUUUUCUGCAGUCUGUUUUCACAUUUGUUUAUAGUUUUAAAAUGUUUGCUAAUGUGGCAUGCCAUAGAUCAGUCAGCCUAUUGUACAUAUAUUAAUCAUUGAUGCUAAAUAUUAGCAAUUAUUCAUCUUCAAAACCAUUCUGAUGUCCUAAGCCACCACUAUUUCUUAUAUCUGAGUGCAGUGCACAGGCACUAUUAUGUGCCCUUUUGGGUGAGUUUUUAUAGAUUUUAUAGAUUUGUUUUUCACUGAUGUACCGGUUGGUGUCACAUCAUAUCAGCAAUGCACCUCCCCUGACGAAUAUGCAAAUUUGUUUGGCCUGAAACAUUUUAGUGGCUAACAGGCCAGUUUUUAAUGUGACAGGCAGACAUUGCAGAAUUAUUUUUCAAAUAUGCUGGAUUUUGCAUGUGGUACUGACUGUACUGCAACUGCAUAACAAACUGGGAAGUAUGGGUUGUGGUGAUCAUGUUAAUCAUUUUAAGAAUGUGUAUAUUUUGGGUUUGUUCAUUCCUGCUCAGUUCUAUCAUUUUAUGUGUGAAGUAACUACAUUAAUUGGUCAUUGUAACCAGCAGUGCAGUAGUUCUGCAGUGCUAUAAAACUUUAAUCCUAAGUAAUCUACAUUCACCUAAUUUUAUGUUACUUUUUUCAGAAGUCCUAAGGCCACUUUUAGGAAGCUUUAAAUCCUGUAAAAUAGUAAAAUGUUGUUAACCAGGUCUAGCUGCCAUUUGAUAUACAGGCUACACUAAAUUGCCCCUAGAUGUGAAUGAUUGUAUGAAUGUGUGUGAGGUUUAAGCAGGUUACUGAAGAGGAAUGAAUGAGCUUCUGCUUAUUGUACAUUUUGCAUUGUUUUGUUUUAGUUGGGUAAUUUUGGUGCGUGUUACUCUGAAAGGGCAACACAUGAAGAUUUUAUUGGAAUAUGUCUUACUGGGGUUUCUGUUUCAUCUCUUACAAUAAUUCUUUAAGAAUGAUAUCAAGCAUGAAAAAAGCAGUAUGUAUUGGCAAACUGGCAUGUUAAAAACCCAGUAAAUGAAAUACCUCGUUUUUUUUUUAAAUCUCUUACAAGCCUAGACAAAAUGGAGGUCUUUUAAAAAAUAUGACCACAGCCAUUUUUAACAAUGAAAAAGUACUUUUCUUUCAUUGUUUCUUUUUUAAAUAUUUUAACCCAUAUUCUUCCAGUUUUAGUUUUCACGCAAAAGCAACCAACCAGAAAAAGAUCAGUGCAUGCUUCCCUUAAAACACUUUUUCUUUUUUGUUUUUUUCUAUGUGGCUCAUGCUAUGUCACAGGGCAGCUAAAUACAUAUGGAUGAAAAGCUAACUGCCCUUUUCAAUAUACAUGAUGACCACUAUGGUAACAUUAUCUAGAUGCUGGCCAUUCUUUGGUCUACUUUUGUGCCACUCUAGUUGCUUUUUAUUUCUCCCACAUAAUAUACAUAUAAAACUCGGUUUAUACGUUCUUGGUUAAUUGAGGGAUGAAUAUAGCGUGUGAGGCUUCAUAUUUAUUCUGUCUUUGGGUGCAAUUUUUUCCACCCAGGUUCAAUGUAACUAUUGGUAUAUAGUCUAGUUGUCUAGUUACAGCAUUAACGUGCAUUAUGCCUCCACAGCUGGUGUAUUGGUACCAUAUUAGAAUUGGGCAAUUGAAGGUUGUUAUACAGCUUAUGUAUGUUUGUUAAUAUGGAUGUUCUCUUAAAGUCCAAGCUCUGUAUAAAAGGUUACACAAUCUGGAAGGUUUUGAAUACAGUUUCCAAGAUUGCAAGUGAGAAAACAAGGUUCAUACCCCUUGACCCUUUAGGGAAAAGCAUCUGAUAAAUGGUAAAAAGGUUUUUGUGUUCUACACAUUCUUUUAACGUUAGAUAUUUCUGGGAGAAAUGUUUUCCUGUGUUCUUGUCUUCCAAACAUCUCCACUGUUGAUUAUUUUUUUUGUUGCUUUGUUUGCCUUAAGACAGCGUCUAGGCCUACAUAAAGACAUGGUGCCACGUCUUAAACUUUGUCAUGGCUUAGUUUAUUCAAUGAAUUACAAAAACUAUUUUAGUUGAAUUUACUUUGCAUCAUUUAAUGUAAAUGAUGAUGAGCAUGAUUACCGAAACAUUGUUUUCGUUCUCUACUCUUAGGAGGCCUCGGUCUCUCUAUCACAUAUUUUCUUGCUUUUUUAAAUUUACAUUCUGAGCAAUUUUUCUGUGGAUAAACGAACAGUACGAGCUCAGUAAUGACAUACUGUCUUGCCGAUGAAAGUUUGAAUCGAGCACCUGGCAGUGCCAGUCUGCAAUGUGGCAAGGAGGGGGUUCUAUAUUAUAGUUACAGGAAGUACAGGAUGGGAUUAAUUUAAAUGGAACACACUGUGCUGACUGUCUUCCUCCACUUUGAAUUAUCUGAUCAACUGGCAUAAGGUUUAAAGAAUAAAAAGACAAAAGGCCAAUUGCGUGCAGAGCUGUAGGACAGAAGUGAGUCUCGAAUUUUUCACAUACUUUUAUAAAAUCUCUAGGUACUUUGUAUAUAUACACAUGAAUAAAUCCCUGGGAUUGAUUCAGUUGAUUAUGAAGUGGUUACGGAGUGAAGACAUAACUAUAAGAGGAAUAUUCUGAUUGAAGAAGGACAAGAGAACACAUACAUGGUCAUUCCAUUAUGAACAUUAGGACAUAAAAAAAAUCCUAAUAUAUGAUGAAGAAAUUAUCUAUCUCUAUCUGACGAGAGAGUGAGAGAGAAUUGCAUGAAAUUAUUUAUUUCUCAUAUACUACUUGAUAUCCAUGUCCUCUAUUCCAAUCCAAUAUACUGGUUAAAUAAAUAUUUGAGGCUGAUAAAUAAAAAUCAUAAGACAAUCUUAUGUAUGGGGUAAUUUAUGAUAGGUUUAAUAGUUAGGAAGAAAGAAAAAAAAAAUAUUUAAUGGGCUGAUUAAUUUAAUGUUAUUUCACAAAGCUGUUAUAUACUUAAUUCUGAUUGGUCAAGAGGUGUUGAUAAAUUUUACAGCAGCUCUGACUGUAUAAAACAGGUUUAUAAUAAAACAUUAAAAAUACAUUAUUCAUUCUAUAAUUACAUUUCUUUUGAAAGGAAUUGUAUAGUGUAUAUAGUCAAAAGGACUAAUAUAGUUCAAAAGGAUAUAGUAUACUUAUAGUAUACAUUUUUCAAUGACUAUAUGCUUUCUUUUUUAAAUCCAUUUUGAAAAGAAAGCAUAUAGUCAUUGAAAAAGGUUGGAAAAAAAUAUUAUUGUAGUAAAUUCAGUGCUGCUUUUGGAAUGUAGCAAUUAGUUCUGUUCCUGACGGACGAUUUUUUCGUUUUUCACUAACAUGGUAACAACAUGGCAAGUCUCUUGACUUGACUUGAAACGUUUUGCUUUAUUAUCCUUCACCAUUAAUUCAAGAAAGUAAGGAAAUGAGAAGUUGAUGAGGGAUUGAGGGAUUGAUGAGAAGUUGAUGAGUGGAUGAGGGAUAACUAAAAACAAUAAUUGUGAGAAAGCACUGUAGUAGAAGAGGAUUAAAUCCUGAAAGUGAGUGCUGCUAUAGGAAAACAAUUCAUAAGUAAGUAGUUUAAUGCAAUCGUCCAGUGUUUUAUUUCUUACUUAUUGUAGCCUAUAGGUAAAUUAAUUGCAAAUCCUAAAUGGCUGCUUGUUCUGCAAUUUAUAUCUAAUUUAAAGUAUAUUUAAUCAAAUAUAUUUUUAGAACAUUCAAAUUCAUUUUAUGGUCACAUUUAUGGUCUAUGGCUUAUUUAAUAAACACUGCUUACUACUUACUCAGCUCAGAGUUAGAGUUAUAAUCACCUCCAAAGUAUUUCCUACAAACAGAGGAAGAGGAGGUCAAACAUAGUUGUUAAACUUUGUGUGAUUUACUUACAACUCUAUUUUAAAAUUGACCAAAUUUUAUUUUCUCAAAAAUCUUACACACAUGCAAUUUGACUGUAUAAAUAUGACUGAUAGUUGGAUUCAUAAUAAGGUUUAAAUGUUCAUUAAUGCCCCCAUGCCUACUUCUGUGCUACUCUUGGUCCUGCUGCUAGAAUGGUUCUGAAAGCACCACUGGAGAUUCUAAUGAUGACUUUGAAAUAUCAUUUUUAUGAAAGGAAUUUCUUAAUGUAUCUAUAAUUUCUAUAGAAAAGUUAGUUUUAAGUAAAGGUGAAGCCAUGCCAAUACAGGAUAGUUCUGGGAAGUCAAACAAAAAGUGGGGAUAUGAAUAUUCUCUGCUGAUAUUGCCUCAUUUUAUGGUGUGAUGGUGACACUGGAUGACAGCCACUCUUAACCUCUACCUGCUGUUGCCUUUAGUUUCUGUACUCCUUUUAAGAGACUAACAAUAAACAAAGAGGGCGAACAAACAUAUCAGAGCUUGUUUAGAACUUUACACUAAUUGAUUUAUGUUCUUUGUCUACAAAAGGAUUAAUUAUAACUGAAAUUUUAUCUGAUGAAGCUUUAAAGUUAUUUGUUAGAUUUUUUUUUAAGUAUCAGUGUAUUUAAUGUACAUAUACAUUUGCUUUAUUGAAUGAAUUUAUGACAAAAAAAAUUGUUAUUUAGACCAAACAACAGAGAAUCUGUCUGUACGGCUUUUUGAUAUUGUCUUAUUUCUGGGUCAUUGUUGCUCAGCCUCAUGCAUGGAUCAUGUAAAUACAACAGUUAACAGAGGACUUUUGUAUUUUGUUUUCUCUCACUCUUUAAGAGUAGCACAUAAUUUUACGCAUCGUAUACAAGGAUGUCAUUCCUAUCAAUGACUGACAUUUUAAAUAGUCUUGAUCGAACACUAUUUAAGCUUCAUUUGCAAGAUUAAUCUGUUUUUGUUUGAUUUGAAGUUCUAUAAGGUGUAUCUAACAUCAUCUCCAUGUCUUAUUAACAAAAUUUCAAUAAAAGCAAAAAUGAUCA